AUGGAAUCUUUGGCAACAACCAUUCGUUUCGUCACGCUGAACUGCCUAACACUGUCGAGUGAACUCAAACAAACCGUCCUGUCUAGGCUUCUGCGAUACCUCUUUGUGCCGUCUGCUGCACUGCAGAAAACACGUGGCUGCGCGGUAGCUGUGAGGAACGAUUGGAACAACCUUGUGGAGGAUUUUGGCUCAAGAUCGUCUAGAUGUGCCUUUGCACGACUGCGGGAUCACAAAGGACGUCAACUCUGUAGUGAAAAUGGUGUUAUCACAGAGCGCACGUCGGACAACGGUGAUUGUCUGGUUGAAUUAUGUGAACAGACGGGCCUCAUCAUCGCUUCCACGUUUGAGAGGAAUCCUCUACGCCAUCAGCUCACGUGGCAGGAGCUGUUUUGGGACGUUGCUUUCGACUCUGACCACCGUCCAGUUCUUCACAGCAUUAAGAUACGGUUCUACAAGAGAAACCGAGGAGUACCUCCUCAACCGAAAAUCGACAUUGCAGGUCUGAAAGGCGAUGAAUGCAGAACAAAUUUCCGCCAGCGUGUGUUCAUUCAUGCUGAAGACGCUGCAAAGGAAACCCUUCUGGUUCAAAUGCCGCGGAAGAAGUUUGCACCUGCGGAGACAAGAUGUACAACUCUGUAUGUGUCAUGUAAGCACUGGCGAUUUCAACCAGGAAGAGAAGGGAGUUGCGUCGUCAACUGCAACAAUAUCGCGAUAACGAGUGGACGUCGAGAGCGAAGGAGUUUGAAAAGCGGCAAGAUGAAAAGAUGUUCUCCAGUCCUCAACACUGCCAAUGGAAAGGCUGUCGAUGAAGCAACCCUUCCAUUUUGGAGGGGUCACUUCAAGGCCCUGCUGAACCGGCAACCGCCCGCAGCUCCUGAACGCGAGAGAGUGAUCGAAAUCUGGCAGCGGUACUCGAAGCCAAUGCAACUCGCCUUUCUGGACUUUAAAGCCGCUUUCGACUCUCCUCAUCGAGGCCGCUUUCUCCAGGAUGGGGUACCAGGAAAGUUCGUUUGCUUGCUUGAUGACAUGAAUCAACGAACAAGUGCUGCAGUUCGAAUACCAGCCAGAUAUACAACACCACACGAGGGUCCCGUCGACAUCGCCUUAGCACUAUUAGGGUGCCUCUUGACUGAUCCCGACGAUGCUGUUAUAUUCGCGGAAAACACCACGAAGAUCCAACAUGGUCUCAAACUUGUAUCGAAAUUGGCUGCAAAUUAUGAACUACGUCUAUGCCCUGAUUAA